CUUGGGCCGAUCGAUCUUUGGAGUGGGCCGACGGGUGAGCUUUCGCAAAGAACUGGAGGAAAGUUGCCGUGGCAACAGAGACGCAGAAGUCCACACCGAAAGAAUUACGCAGCCACCUACGCGUCGUAACGAGAAACCGAAGACCCGCGGCAGUGCUGGUCACGUGGUCGCUAACGACGCGCUCGCGGUGGGCCCGUGCGGCCAUUAGUGCCGAGGUGUGGCGGGGGAGGCGACAUAAAGGAAGGCCGUGAGUGCCGCGGGCCACUAGCCCGGGGCAGUGGGUCACGAACCGGAUGCCUUCGCGGCGUGUCUGCGGAUGACAGCGAGAAGUUUGAGCACCACGGCGAAAGGCUUCAGUUGGUGAUUGCCCGAACAGAUAUCGCAGUUCUGGGAAGGAUGGAUUUUCCGUUCGGGUUGUUCAACGGCUCCAGGAUGCCUCCAGGUUUCCCGGCAAUAUCGGAGGAGAGCGAGGAGGUCAUCUUCGAGGACAUCAAGCCGCUGCGCUCACCGUUCUGCCUGUCCUCUUUCGGCGGCUACAUCGACGCCAUCGACGACGUGGCCGAGAUCCUGCGGGUGAG